AUGAUCUCUCCUGUCGAGUCGAGAAAUAGUACACACCGAUCCUCGUAUCUAUCUAUCUAUCUAUCUAUCUAUCUAUCUAUCUAUCUAAUUUUGUUUUUAUAUAACCCUGUCUAUUCCUUCCUAUCUGUCUAUUUAUCUAUCUGUUGUCAUUUCUAUCUGGCCUUAGAUUGCUUUCUCUAUUUUCAUGUUCCUAUCUAUCUAUCUAUCUAUCUAUCUAUCUAUCUAUCUAUCUAUCUAUCUAUCUAUCUAUCUAUCUGUUUCUAUCACUAUUUGUCCUUUCUUCUAUGCCUAUAUCCCUCCCUCUCUUUGCUAGUAUUCUAUCCCUCACUCUCUCUCACUCUCACUAUCGCUCUGUUUCUAUCUCUGUCAUUUUUGCUCUCACUCUCUCUCUCUCUUCCUGGUUGUCUCUUUUUUCUUUCUUACUCAGAUUGUUCCUAUCUAUCUAUCUAUCUAUCUAUCUAUCUAUCUAUCUAUCUAUCUAUCUAUCUAUCUAAUUCUAUUUCUAUCGAUCACGGUCUAUUCCUUCCUAUCUAUCUAUGUAUCUGUCUAUAUUUUGGCAGAAAGUUGUUAUUCUCUUCUGGUGCCACAAUCGCCAUUCGAAACUGUCAGUUGCCAUUGGACAUUUUGCGAAAGAUCAAAAGCGCCGACAAUAGAGAAGUCUCUACAUCGUUUGUGCCAAGAUGGCGACACCACUAUUCGCAUCUAUCUAUCUAUCUAUCUAUCUAUCUAUCUAUCUAUCUAUCUGUGGUCUCAGUCUUUUCUUAUCUAUCUAUGCAUAUAAUCUCUCGUUAUUUCUCUCUUUGUAGCUCUCCUUCUCAACUCUUUGUCGGUCUGUCACUCUCAGUCUAUUCGUAUCUAUCUAUCUAUCUAUCUAUCUAUCUAUCUAUCUAUCUAUCUAUCUAUCUAUCUGUCUCAGUCUUUUCUUAUCUAUCUAUGCAUAUAAUCUCUCAUUCUCUCUCUCUUUGUAGCUCUCCCUCUCAACUCUUUGUCGGUCUGUCGCUCUCAGUCUGUUCAUAUCUAUCUAUCUAUCUAUCUAUCUAUCUAUCUAUCUAUCUAUCUAUCUAUCUAUCUAUAUAUCUAUCUAUCUGUGGUCUCAGUCUUUUCUUAUCUAUCUAUGCAUAUAAUCUCUCGUUCUCUCUCUCUUUUCUCUUCGUAUCUAUCUAUCUAUCUAUCUAUCUAUCUAUCUAUCUAUCUAUCUAUCUAUCUCAGUCUUCUUCUUAUCUAUCUAUGCAUAUAAUGUCUCGUUCUUUCUCUCUUCGUAGCUCUCCCUCUCAACUCUUUGUCGCUCUCAGUGUGUUCAUAUCUAUCUAUCUAUCUAUCUAUCUAUCUAUCUAUGUGUGGAUGGAGAUUUUAGUAAAAAAUAAAAUGUUUUAA